AUGCGACUGCCACCGCUGCCGCAGCUGGCGUUUGUGACUGUGCUUGGUGUUGCCACGGCCUGGUACUCCUUUUCGCCCAUCCUCAAGAAGUGGGAGCAGACGCAGCUGGAGCUGGCAGAGCAACGUGAUUUGCAACGCGCACAAGCAACCGUGAACCAGCAGCAGCAGCAGCAGCAACAACAACAACAACAAGAGCAACACGAGCAGACAGCACAAUCAGCACAGCCGUCACACCACCUUGCUCUCAUCCACGGCAAACCCGAAGACAACAUGGCGGGCCGCACGACAACAGCCACAACAGCCGCGGCCGCUGUGGCUGCGCCGUGGACUGCACUCCUGCACAAGGCAUUGAAGAAGAACGGCAGUGUGCCAGCACACCGAUACUGUCAGCUGGCAACGAUAGGCCUCGAUGGUGGGCCUCGCGUGCGCACCAUCGUGUACCGUGGCCUGUUUGACGACGAAGCACUGGCAUUGGCAUCAACACCAUCAUCAUCUUCAACGGCGCCGGCGAGCGGGGCGCGGGAUGGUCAUGCGCGCGAGAGUGCGGCGCCAGACCUGGUGUUUAUCACGGACGCGCGGUCGAGCAAGGCAGCGGAGAUUGCAGCGGAUGCACGGGCGGAGGUGGCGUGGUACCAGCCGCUGACACGCGAGCAGUUUCGGUUUCGCGGCCGCCUCGUGUUUGCCGACGGCUCCGCCACGUCACCGGACAAGCCGCAGCCCUCACAGCCCUCACAGGUGCAAGCGCUGCGCGCGCGCGUGUGGGCUGGCCUCAGCGAUACGAUGCGCGCGCAGAUGCACUGGCCGGCACCUGGUGCCCCGCGCGAUCCAGCAGUACCUGAUUCGCGGUGGCGCGAGCCGCCCCAGGGCUUGGACGUAUCGUCGCAGUCGCCGCCACCAGACACGUUUGCGGUUGUGCUGCUGCAAGUGGAGCAUGUGGACCACCUGUGCCUAAAGAGCAACAGCCGGCGCCUGUACGAUCGACGUACAACCCAGAAUGGUGAUGGUGGUGAUGGUGGCGGUGAUGGUGAUGAUGGUGAGGAGAAGACUGUGGUUGGAGACUGGGUGGUAACUGAGGUCAACCCGUAG